AUGUGGAACUUUGUGCAAGUCGUUGUGGUGGUGACACGUGUCAUGGAGAUUAGGUUUAGCAAUUUGGACCUUCAGCAGUCGGGAGUUUCAGCGGGUGCUUGGCACCUCGUAAGAGUGUCUUCCUUCGAUAGGGGAGAAGGCGUGUCUGCCUUGGUGUUGGUUAUUUUGAGGCUGGAUAUGCUCAGUUGA